UUGUAUUAGAUUUAGGCAGGUUGGUUUACCGCUAUAUUCUUUAAUUUCCAGCGUGGAGAUGAAGCCAUCAUAGGACAAGCAAGGAUUUCAAAGGUGUCAUACAGAGGGUCGAGAGGUGCUGUCAUAGAAGAGGUCACAGCCCAAGGUCACGACAGAGGUCACAGGAGGUGGAUGCAAGUGGCCCCAUCACAGGGAAGUAGCACUGAGAUCAAGGGGUCGUCGGCUAGUGGGACACGCCCUAACAGGGUUGUCUGCUGGCAGGGCACACCUUGAAUAGCAGAGAUGAGGUGCUUUUCCUGUUGGGUCACCUGGAUUGGCAUUUCUCUCUGGUGGAUGGUGAUGGUGCACAUAGCUGGGCAUGGUGUGAAAGGGGGAGAGAUACUGGAACCCUGUGGAGGAAGAGACUGCUCUGUGUGUCAGUGUUUCCCAGCAAAGGGAGCUCGGGGAGCACCUGGGAGGCUGGGAUUGCAGGGUCCACACGGGCGCAUUGGUUUCCCGGGCCCCCAGGGACCACCAGGAGAGAAGGGGCAGCGUGGUGAUGAGGGUUUUCCUGGGCCAUCUGGGCCGAAAGGGGAUGUGGGUAUGAUGGGGUUUCCUGGAUAUCCAGGCCUUGAUGGUGUGUCAGGUCACCCCGGGCCAGGGGGUCCUCCAGGAUUUCCUGGGCUUGACGGCUGUAAUGGGUCAAGGGGAGAUCCCGGUUUUGUCGGACCCCCUGGAAUCAUUGGACCUCCUGGUAGACAGGGUGCCACUGGGAUGAAAGGAGAGAAAGGGGAGCCAGUCCAUUACAACAACAUGUUCCCUGGUGUUCCUGGUGACAUCGGACCUGCAGGGUGCCCAGGUGUGCCUGGACCACCUGGUGAUGCUGGCUUAAUGGGCCCCAUGGGGCCCAAGGGUAUAAGUGGGAUCCAUGGCCAUCCUGGAUCACCAGGACCGAGGGGUGAACCUGGAGACUCAGGGCCCCAAGGCCCGCCGGGACUGGACGAGACUGUGAAACUACCAGAAAUUUAUUACAAAUAUGGGGAAAAGGUGAGGGUCCAUCUGGAACCACUGGAUUUGUUGGACAACCUGGAGGAAAGGGGUUAG